AAAGCUUUGCCCCUGGAAAUUGGAAUUCAACUGGCCACAUAACUCAUUCCAUUUCCACGCACAAACAAACGCCAAAAAUCGCCGAGAAGAAUCCGAAGAAAACCUCACGGCGGCGGCGGCGACCGGCGACCAGAAUCGGCGAACGGGCACGGGCCGAGCAGAUCUAGGCGAGGGAGGGAGCGAUGGGGUCGAGCGAGAUGACGGCGACGGAGGUGGCGGCGCUGCUGGAUCUGAAGCCGCACCCGGAGGGCGGCUACUACACCGAGACGUUCCGCGACGGCUCCGUCUCCGUCACCACCGCGCAGCUCCCGCCGCAGUACAAGGUCGACCGUGCUAUCAGCACUGCUAUCUACUUCCUGCUUCCAUCAGGGAGUGUUUCUCACCUCCAUCGCAUUCCCUGUGCUGAAACAUGGCACUUCUACAAGGGAGAGCCUCUCACGGUCUUUGAGCUACACGAUGAUGGACACAUUGACCUCACUGUCAUCGGUCCACACCUGGAGGCUGGCCAGCGUCCCCAGUAUACCGUGCCACCAAAUGUGUGGUUCGGUUCUUUCCCUACCCUGGAUGUUGAAUCAUUCGCAUCUGAUGGCAGCGUUCUUGUCAAGUCUCGAAAGAGGGAUCCUGAGCUUCAUUACUCCCUAGUUGGCUGCACUUGUGCCCCUGGCUUCCAGUAUGAGGAUUUCGAAAUGGCCAAUUUUGAUGAUGUGAAAUCCAUUGCUCCUAAGGCAGAACCGUUCCUCAAGUACCUUAUUCCUUCCACCAAGUAAUCAUGUUUUGAGCUCAACAUACUGUAUUUUAGCAGCCUGUCUGGCAAGAUUGCCUGACGGUAUUGGACGCCAUUUUUAGUGUGAUUGCUUCGGGUUUGUGUUCUUGUCUUGUACACUUAAGAACACGCAUGUCCUUGGUGAUAGUUGUAACACUCUCCUGUACGAAAACAGAAUAAAACACUGGCAAUGUUGAGAUGAAAUUUGCUUGUGCUAAGCCUUCAAAA